GAGCACCUUGUGUAGUUAGAAGUUCUUGUGAAAAGAAAAAUAAAAUAAAAGGAUAAUAAUUACCAGAAAUAAAUUUAAUUGAACAUUUUUUCAUAAAUUUUUGAUUUUAAAAAAGAGUUAAAUAACAAAUUUUAUUUUAAAUAUUAAAAAAAAAAAAUAAACUAAAAAAAAAUGUCUGAAAGUGUCAAUGUAGAAAUGGAGAAAUUUAAAGAUAAAGUUUUUUAUUCAAUUGAAGAAUAUUACGAAUGGUUUGAUAAGUUACCAAUUGACAAACAUUCAUAUAACACUCAUGACAGUUUGACAGUGGCUUCGUCGAAGAAAAAGAUUAAAAAAGAAUUGCAUUAUGUUUUUCUUGAAAAACGAUGCAAAUGCAAUGGUUUAUCAAAGUCUGGAAAUCAUCGUCCAUACACGACAAAGUGUGAAGUCGUUCAUAAAUUACGAGCAAGUCCAGAUGGAACAUUUUUAUAUUUUGAUACAGCUCUUUGGGAGUGGAACCAUAACCACUCAAAAAAAUACGAAGAACUUCAGCAAGAAUAUCGUGAUAUGAAGAAAUAUAAAAAAAAGAGAUCACAUGAUGGUAACCAACAGAUUCCAGCACCAAAAAAUAAACGUAUGCGUAAGGAACCACUAAUUGAACUUGGAAAGUGUGAUGUUGGGACUCAAACUAUAGUAUCCAAUUUGAACAUGGACUAUGAGAUAGUUUUUAAACGCAAAGAUAACAAUGUAAAAAAAAACAAGGUAAAACUUUGGUUACUAGAUCGUUUUAGAUUGGACGCUGAUAAACCAAUUGAUAAAAAAUUAAUAAACCAAUUACCUGAUGAUGAUGAUACAUGUAAAACGUCAGAUGUGGCAGUUGAUAAAAUUGUAACAACCGAACAAACAGAUGAUGAUUUAUCACUAUCAGGUGAAGUGAUUACAGUGUCAAGUAGUAAAUUAAAAAAUCAUGAAUCUGAUCAAAUAAAUCUCAAACGAAAAAAUAGAACUUAUAACGAAAUGAAAAUUCCAGUAGUUAAAGUUUUGAGAUUGGACAUGGAUGGACAAGAUAACGGUACUGAAUUAAAAAUAACAACUCGUUCUGAUGAACUAUUUGAAGAACAAAAUGUUAAUCAUCAAAAUAAUCCUGUUAAAUUAAUUGAUCCAAUAACUCAGGAUAAACCUCUUGAUGAAAAAUUAAUGGCUCAACCACCUGAUGCUGAUCCAUCUAAAAAAUCAGAUAAAAAUGUUGAAGACCCAGCAGCAUCUCACCAAAAAGAUAAUGUCAAUAUAAUUUCUUCACCUGAGGGUGAUAAACCAAGUGAUAAAUUAAAGAAUCAUGAUUCUGGUGGUGAUGCUGCUGAAUUAAAAAUAACAAGUCGUUCUGAUGAACCAUUUGAAGAACAAAAUGUUAAUCAUCAAAAUAAUCCUGUUAAAUUAAUUGAUCCAAUAACUCAGGAUAAACCAAUUGUUGAAAAAUUAAUGGCUCAACCACCUGAUGCUGAUCCAUCUAAAACAUCAGAUAAAACUGUUGAAGACCCAGCAGCAUCUCACCAAAAAGAUAAUGUCAAUAUAAUUUCUUCACCUGAGGGUGAUAAACCAAGUGAUAAAUUAAAGAAUCAUGAUUCUGGUGGUGAUGCUGCUGAAUUAAAAAUAACAAGUCGUUCUGAUGAACCAUUUGAAGAACAAAAUGUUAAUCAUCAAAAUAAUCCUGUUAAAACAAUUGAUCCAAUAACUCAGGACAAACCUCUUGAUGAAAAAUUAAUGGCUCAACCACCUGAUGCUGAUCCAUCUAAAAAAUCAGAUAAAAAUGUUGAAGACCCAGCAGCAUCUCACCAAAAAGAUAAUGUCAAUAUAAUUUCUUCACCUGAGGGUGAUAAACCAAGUGAUAAAUUAAAGAAUCAUGAUUCUGGUGAUGAUGCUGCUGAAUUAAAAAUAACAACUCGUUCUGAUGAACUAUUUGAAGAACAAAAUGUUAAUCAUCAAAAUAAUCCUGUUAAAUUAAUUGAUCCAAUAACUCAGGAUAAACCAAUUGUUGAAAAAUUAAUGGCUCAACCACCUGAUGCUGAUCCAUCUAAAACAUCAGAUAAAACUGUUGAAGACCCAGCAGCAUCUCACCAAAAAGAUAAUGUCAAUAUAAUUUCUUCACCUGAGGGUGAUAAACCAAGUGAUAAAUUAAAGAAUCAUGAUUCUGGUGGUGAUGCUGCUGAAUUAAAAAUAACAAGUCGUUCUGAUGAACCAUUUGAAGAACAAAAUGUUAAUCAUCAAAAUAAUCCUGUUAAAACAAUUGAUCCAAUAACUCAGGACAAACCUCUUGAUGAAAAAUUAAUGGCUCAACCACCUGAUGCUGAUCCAUCUAAAAAAUCAGAUAAAAAUGUUGAAGACCCAGCAGCAUCUCACCAAAAAGAUAAUGUCAAUAUAAUUUCUUCACCUGAGGGUGAUAAACCAAGUGAUAAAUUAAAGAAUCAUGAUUCUGGUGAUGAUGCUGCUGAAUUAAAAAUAACAACUCGUUCUGAUGAACUAUUUGAAGAACAAAAUGUUAAUCAUCAAAAUAAUCCUGUUAAAUUAAUUGAUCCAAUAACUCAGGAUAAACCAAUUGUUGAAAAAUUAAUGGCUCAACCACCUGAUGCUGAUCCAUCUAAAACAUCAGAUAAAAAUGUUGAAGACCCAGCAGCAUCUCACCAAAAAGAUAAUGUCAAUAUAAUUUCUUCACCUGAGGGUGAUAAACCAAGUGAUAAAUUAAAGAAUCAUGAUUCUCGUGGUGAUGCUGCUGAAUUAAAAAUAACAAGUCGUUCUGAUGAACCAUUUGAAGAACAAAAUGUUAAUCAUCAAAAUAAUCCUGUUAAAACAAUCGAUCCAAUAACUCAGGAUAAACCUCUUGAUGAAAAAUUAAUGGCUCAACCACCUGAUGAUGAUGAUACAUGUAAUACGUCAGAUGUGACAGUUGAUGAAAUUGUAAAAACCAAACAAACAGAUGUCACUGUAAUUACUCCACCUGAUGGUGAUAAAUCAAGUGAUAAAUUAACAUCAAUACAUUCAACCCUUACUCCUAAGCCACAAGACGUUGUUCCAAAAAAAUAUAAAAAAAAAAGCUAUUCUCAUGUUGAGCGUAACACUCGCUCAUCAUCUAAAAAGAUUGUAAUAAAAUGAUAAAACAAAAUUUAUAAAUGUAUUUCUUUAUGAUUUUGAAAAACUUAAAUAUUACGUAUUUAAAUAAAAAAGAAAAAUAAUGACGUUUAAUUACCCAAUUAAAUAUAAGUCAAUAAAUAUUUUUUUUUCCUUUUCUAAAAAAAA